CUAUUUAAGCCAAAUAACAACCAGUUUGUAGAGACUGCAGCUUACUGGAUAUUCAACCAGGCUUGUGUAGAACAGAUGCGUUGCUCUGACACCAUAGAAGAGAGAAGAUCACAAUACUGACACAACUCAAAAUAUUCCUAAAGACAUGUUUUCCAUGGACCCAGCGACUAUUCUUGUCUCCAUCGUUGUCAUCCUUUUCUUGGUCAAAGUUUACAACAACCAGAGGCAACAGAAAGGCAAAAACCUCCCUCCAGGACCCAGACCAUUCCCCCUCAUUGGAAGUAUUCAUCUAAUUGACCUAAAGAAACCUUAUAAAUCUUUUAUAGAGUUGUCCAAGCAGUAUGGUCCAGUAUACACCAUCCAUUUAGGAAUGUCAAAGAUGGUUAUCAUGUGCGGAUAUGAUGCUGUAAAAGAAGCCCUAGUCAACCACGCAGAUGAAUUUGCUGACAGACCAAGAAGUCCGUUGUUUUAUAAGCUUCAAAAAGAUCAUGGAAUUGUAUUUUCCAAUGGUGAAAACUGGAAGGCAAUGAGAAGAUUCACUUUAUCAACUCUCCGAGAUUAUGGAAUGGGGAAGAAAGGUAUAGAAGACAAGAUUAAUGAAGAAGCUGAAUGCUUAGUGCAAACCUUUAGAUCCUAUGGAGGGAAGCCAUUUGACAAUAGGACCAUCCUUAAUGCUGCAGUGGCUAAUAUAAUAGUUUCCAUGCUGCUAAAUCACAGGUUUGAAUAUGACGAUCCCACUUUGAUAUGCCUCAUGGACUCUGUUAGUGAAAAUAUAAGACUCAGGGCGAAACCUAUGGCCAGGCUGUACGACAUGUUCCCUAAAUUGAUAGAUCCUCUACCAGGAGCCCACAACAAGAUUGCUGAACUCUCUGAAAAGAUGAAUGAUUUUAUGAGAGAAACAUUUACCAAGCAGAGGAAAGACCUGGACGUGGAUCAUCACAGAAAUCUUAUUGAUGCUUUCUUGGCAAAACAGCAAGAGGGAAAGCCAGAAUCGACACUUUAUUACCAUGAUGACAACUUAAUUGCCUUGGUGAGCCAACUGUUUGCUGCUGGAAUGGAAACUACAUCCACCACUCUGAGAUGGAGCCUCCUGAUCAUGAUUAAAUACCCAGAAAUCCAAAAAAAAGUGCAAAAAGAAAUUGAAAAAGUUAUAGGCACGGCUCAACCUAAGAUAGAGCACAGAAAACACAUGCCCUAUACAGAUGCUGUUGUGUGUGAAGUUCAGCGCUUUGGUGAUAUCGCCCCAACUAGCCUUCCACAUGCAACGGCUUGCGAUAUCACAUUCAGAGGCUAUUUUAUUCCAAAGGGAUUCACUAUUAUGCCAUUGCUAUCUUCCGUAUUGAAAGACAAAGCUUACUUUGCAAAGCCUAAUGAGUUUUACCCAGAACAUUUUCUCGAUGCUGAUGGGAAUUUCAAGAAGAACGAAGCAUUCAUACCCUUCUCAGCAGGUAAGAGAAGUUGUGCAGGGGAAAGUUUGGCCAAAAUGGAGCUGUUCCUCUUCUUUACCACACUGCUGCAAAACUUCACCUUCCAGGUUCCACCCGGGACUAUUGUGGACCUCACUCCUGCAAUGGGGACUACAAAUUCUCCUUUUCCUCAGGAAAUAUGUGCUAUACCGCGCAACUAAAAUCUUCCUCCAAGAUUGUUUCUGUGACAGAAGCCACUGUCACUGUGUGUUUUGGAGGGGGCCGUGGGCUGGCCUCCUACCCACAGACUAUGGCCUAAAAGAGACUGGAGACUUGGGGACAAGCUUGCAUUGAGAUAAUGUAAUGUAAUGCUACAUCCCUUCUCCCUGACCCCCACCCCCCUCUUGUUGCUGUGUUUAAUUGUGUUGGUUCAUGGCACGUAGACAAAAAGUCUGGACUGGAGACAUCUCUCCGCAGGGGAUGUGUAAGGAGUGGCUGCCUGCUUAUCAUAAUCCCUUUAUGUUUCAA